AUGAGUUGGUUUAAGAUUCCAUGGCACGUGAACGGAUCUAGUCCAAGGAAAGUAUUGAAGCUGAUGGCAAUGCCACUUUGCACUUCACUGCUUAACAGCUGCAUAUCGUUGAACGUAUUAAUCUACGUACUGGUGAAUUUCACGAAAUUCACAUACCCGUCGUUUGUUUUAAGUUAUAUUUCUGGUGUAUCUUCUUCAGUGUCCUUUAUAUUAACAGUGCUAUCAGUGAUUUACGGAACUUAUAUUUUCUUAAUGUCGUCAAUGCUAUUACAACUAAUCCUGACAAGCUCACUGUUUGGAAUCCUCAUAAAUUUCUGGCGUAUAACUGAUUUGAGUGAAAACAUUGAUAUAAUGGUGUUUUAUGUGAUAAGAUAUAUACUCACACUGGUUUUCCUGGCCCUACUAUUCUUAGAAUAUAGAUUUUUACUAGUGUCAAUUGCAUUAGGUAGGGCAAUGUAUAAAAAGGGAGUAUCAUGGGAUCUUGACGAUGUGGAAGCUGUCCAGGAUCAAUUUAAAGCAUUCAGGGUAGAAGUAAAUUAA